AUGUAUAAUAGGUUGAACUACAUGCUGGUCGGCCUUCGGCCGUGGUGGUGGCACGUAUGCAACGUGCUUUUGCACGCGGCGUGCAGCGUGCUCGUUGCGCGAACGUGUGUCACGAUCGCGCGGUUGCAACGACCGUUCGCGGCGCUAGCGGCGUUACUCUUCGCUAUUCACCCUAUACAUACGGAAGCGGUAGCGGGCGUUGUCGGGAGAGCUGAUGUUUUAGCUUGUAUAUUUUUUCUAUCUUCUUUACUAGUCUAUCAUAGACCCACGAGUAACAAGAAGAGUGUAUGCCUAAGUGUGGUGCUGGGGGGUCUAAGUAUGCUGGCCAAAGAGACUGGAGUUACGAUCCUCCUGCUAAAUCUAGCGAUUGAUUUCUACAGAUGUUGGCCGUUUGUUAAGAGGUCAAUGUGGUCACUGAAAAUCGAGAAGAAAUGCGCUGGACUGUCAAUAAGAACAAUCAAAGUGGUCUUCUCUCUCGCUCUAUUGAUAAGCAUGCGUCUCGCUCUUUUGCAAGGGACGUGGCCGGUAUUUUCCCCCCAAGACAAUCCCGCCGCUUUUCACCCCAGCUUUUUUGUACGGUUAAUGACCUUCUGCUACCUAGCGGCUUUCAACUGGUGGCUACUUCUCUGCCCCUGGACCCUGAGUCACGAUUGGCAGAUGGGGUCAGUGCCCCUUAUUACCAGUGGUUGGGAUUUAAGAAAUCUGCUCACUUGUGCAGCACUGGGCACUCUACUCUUAAUUUUCUACAGAUGUUUCACUGACUUGGAGGUACAAAGACACAGUCCUUUACUGGUUGGUCUACUCCUUCUAGUUGUCCCAUUUUUGCCGGCAAGCAAUCUAUUAGUGACUGUGGGAUUUGUCAUCGCAGAGCGAGUACUAUAUAUUCCUAGUGUUGGCAGCGUCAUAAUAACGGCAUAUGGUGUCCAGCUGAUGUGGUAUUCAAAACCUGGUUCGAAGCUGUUUCUGGUUGUGGGCCUGGUUGUUUUGGCAGCCAGCGGUGUCGCCAGAACACAUAGACGGAAUGCGGACUGGCGUGACAGAGCUAUAUUAUUGCGUAACUCAUGCUUUCGAAACACUAUACCUAUGGCACAGUGUAUUGUUACCAGUGCGGACGUGACUAGUCUUCCGCAGAACGCGAAGCUGCACUACAACUUGGGGAACUUCCUCCGUGAAACAGAACAACCGGACUCCGCCAUCAAACACUAUAAGGAAGCGUUAAGGUUAUGGCCGACGUAUGCCAGCGCACACAACAACAUCGGAACGUUGGUGGCGGGGCCUGAAAACGCGGAAUACCAUUUCCUACAGGCGAUUCGCUACAACAAGCACCAUGUCAACGCACAUUAUAACUUGGGAAAGCUUUACAAAAAAACUGGUCGGACAGAACAUGCCCUAAAAAUGCUGGAGCGGUGCAUCCUGCUGCAGCCUCGCUUUGUGCAAGCUCACGUGGAGUUGUUGUCUCUAAAGCCAGAUUCAGAAAAACUUGAGAUCUUAAGAAAAUUGGUCGAACUAGAACCAAACAAUUGGGAACACUAUAUACUAUAUGGCAAUUGGCUGAAGAAUAGAGGUUUACCAGGUCCAGCGUCCAAGUUCUAUCUUGAAGCGACGAGAGUGAGUUUCCAAUUGCAGUCAUCGCAGCGAUCAGUACGAGCUGAUCUCAUUUCGUUCAGCUCAACAGCACUCAUGUACAGAGCUUUAGGGCAGAAGUCUAGAAUAUUGCAGCUUUUGACCAGAUGGCACACCUGGCGAAGAGGGUGGCCAAGCAGUGCGGCUGCACAUAUGUAUUGGAGAGAUUGGAGGCUCAAGAUGGAACUAGAAGGCAGAGUACAGAUCUAUUCGAAAGCAGUCAAUCCUACAAAAUCAAAAACGUGUUUCGACCACAAACAUCUAGAUGUCGAGCCUAAUCGGGACGUGAAAGUGGAAGAAAAGGUUCCUGUGAAUAAACACACGAGUGUUAGUGCUAAAGAUGUUAACUGUGAGUGCAAACACUGUGUGAAAAAACGUAAUCUGUCCGUGCCGACGCAACUAAAAACUACGCAUAACAAAUCCGAAAUCGGACUCAAAGACAAGAAAUGUGAACAUAGAAAGGAGAGCAGUGAUAUAAUACCGAAGCUAGGAGCGCUAACAGAACACAUUCUGAUGAAAACGUUUUAA